GGCAUCAUAAAAGAAGAAGAAAAAAGCGGAUAGAUAAAAGAGAGAGAACCACACGGCCUAAUAGAUAGCUGAGUUUAUACUCAACUCCACUUCUCUAGCUUUGAUUUCCUUUCAGUUGGGAAAAUGUUAACCGUAAAACAUACCGCUGCCGCCCUCCGAUUCUCCGCCGUCAACUUCGAUACCACUUCCCGCCGGUUAUCUCAUUCUCCCAGCUUCUUCAUCCCUCCUCGAGAUAAAUUUGGAAGAUUGACGGAUAAUUAUGCUGGAAGAAAAAUGUGCAAGGGAAAAAUUGGAAUCAAAGCAACUGCAAAGGAUCAUUUCAGCUCGGGUUCUGAGCCAGUAAAACAGAAUGCGAAGCAGUCGAGCUAUCAUCCAUCUGAGGACAUUGGGGAGCCGGAACUAAUGGAGAAUGAGGAAGCUCAACUCAAGCCAGCUGAAUGUACAAGGACAAUUAUUGAGGUAAAUAGCAAAGCAACACUCAUGUUUUCAAGUGCUAUCAGUGAUGUAAUGCGUGCAAAUAUUUUCUGGCCAGAUUUGCCUUACACAACUGAUGAACUUGGAAAUGUCUACUUCCAAGUGAAGAAUGACGAAGACGUUCUGAAAAAUCCGACAACUGAAGAAAACGUUGUGGAAGUAAUUAUUGGCCUAGAUACAUCUGAAAUGCAGAGUGAGAUGGAGUCAUCAGGUCAAUCCCAACUUGAUUACCAGAUAGAUGAAUUUGAUGACGAGGAUAUCGAUAUUGAUGAUGAAGACGACAUUGACGAUGACGAUGACGAUGACGAUGACGAUGAUGAUGAUGAUGAUGAUGAUGACGAUGAUGAUGAAGCGGAUUGGGUUUCUGUUCUUGACGAUGAAGAAGAUCAGAGUGGGGAUCCUGACUUGGAGGAUUGGGCUACAUUAGAGACGAUGCGAUCUUCUCAUCCGAUACACUUUGCCCAACAAAUUAGUGAGGUUGUGACAGAUGAUCCUAUAGAUUUUAUGGAUCAGCCUCCAGCAGGUCUUAUUAUUCAUGGCCUUCUAAGGCCAGCUUUCCUUGAAGAUCACACUACCAUUCCAAAGCAGAUAUCUGAACAUGAAUCAAACGAUGCUGGUAUAGAACAAAUGGAACAAGUGGCAGAACAUAAGCAAAAUGGCAGUGUUCAAGUCAAUGGCCACACACAUGAAAGUGAAUCUUCGCAAGAUAACCCAAGUUGUCCAGAGGAAUUGGAGAAGGAUGAAACCCUUGGAAAUGGAACUUCAUUUUACAAGCUAGAGAUGAUUAAAAUUCAGUUAAUUUCUUCACAUGGGCAGCAAAUCUUAGUUGAGUUAGAAGAUUUUUGUCAAGCUAGGCCUGAUGCAAUAGCUCAUUCGGCUGCCAAUAUUAUAUCACGGCUUAAAGCUGUAGGAGAAAAAACCACGCAGGCUCUCAGAUCUCUCUGUUGGAGAUGCAAGGGAAUUCAAGUGGAGGAAGUGGUUCUGAUAGGUGUAGACAGCCUUGGUUUUGACGUAAGAGUUUGCUCUGGAGCACAAAUUCAGACACUGCGGUUUUCCUUUAAAAAGCGGGCAACCUCGGAGUACAGUGCCGAAAGACAAUUAAACGAUCUGCUGUAUCCAAGGGUCCACCCUAAGUUACAUCAAAAGAAAGAAACUCACCAAGCUGAAUCAUGAGAAAAAAAAAUCUGUAGAUUUUGUUAUACUUCUGGCUCAAAAUUGUAUAUAGACAGAAUAUAUACUCUUUGAUUCAUCCCAUUAGAAUUAUUUCUUCAGUAGAGUUCAUAACUACUCGGUUCUCCCUUUACUACUGUUGUAACUUGUAACCUCAAUUUGUUCUACUCAAGUUCAAUUCAAAUGCAAUUUUGGUUAA